GUCCUUCAGCCUUUCGCCCAACAUGUCAGGCUCGGAGAUCCGGAUCCGCCCGUUCCGCCCUGAAGACAAACCCGAAAUACGACGGUUGAUGAUAGAGGGCUUUGUCUCUGGACCGCUUUCACCCUGCGUCGAGGCCCUCAAGCACAACCUUACGACACCGACCUCGUUUCUGCUGUACCUCUCCGCCUCAGCCGGUGCGGGCCUGUGUCUCGCACCCAGCACCUCGCACAAGCUGCGCAUCCUCGGACUCGCGCUGUCCUCCUGCUCGGUCGGCAUAUUUCUCUUCAUCCGGCGCGGAAUCCGGCAAUUCUUCCUGGGCUCGUGCGAGCGGGCCGAGCAGACCGAUUUCAAUGAUAUCGGUGAAUGGUACGACACGAACCGGGGCGGGCCUGGCGGGUUCUUCGUCGCUGCUUUCGCUCAAGAGGGAAGAGAGGAUAAAGUCGUCGGCUUCGUCGGCAUGGACUGCAAGAUGCACCCGGAUCCUCACACCGCGGAACUGCGCCGCAUGGUUGUCUCCCCUUUCUACCGCCGCCAGCGUAUCGCCGGUCGGCUCCUAGAGGCGGCUGUUGAGCAUGCGAAGACCCACUCCAUCGCGACGUUGGAGAUCGAGACGUCGCAGCAUCAGCCUGGCGCGAAGAGGCUGUAUGAGAAAUUCGGAUUCCGGGCUUUCUUGACCAAGCGCUUGAGUCUCGGCCCGCUGGGGUCAAUGCAAGUCUGGCGCCUCAGGAAGACAGUCGGUGAAUCGAUCAUGGCUGAUUGAACUUGUGGAAUCUUGAGAGAUGUAGAAAUAGGGGACAGGAGGUGCUACCGGUAACAUGAUAGAAAAAGAAAUCGGGGAGAAAAUAUUUGAAGAUUGAAAGAAAGGACUGGGGUUUAGGAAAGAUGAAUAAAUACUUGACUAUUAAACAUGAGCAAAAGGUCGCACCCGGGGUCGAACCGGGAUCUCAAGAACGCAGACAAUUAAUGUCAGAAUCUUGUGUGAUGAGCCGCUACACUAUGCAACCGUGUUAACUGGUCUCGAACCUUGAUUUGGAUCGCGUGAACAUCUGCAACUUAGUGGCAAUUGAUCCUGGAAAAAUUUUGUGAGGAUCGGGAAAUAUCGAUUUUCGACUCGCAGACUGUGCGCAAGAGAGAAAGAACAGAUUGCGUACCACCGAUUGGCAACUCCUAUCUUCUACGGGCACGGGCCGGACUUGGGCCCAAAGCUGACUUUUCGAACAUAUUUGAUGGUGUGUGUGUGGGUACAUCACAGGCACCAUUGACUGGUUCUAGACCGUUUUCAUCUUACCAGAAGCCAUGGCUUCGGUACCAGAGAGUAAAAUAACAGGUACUUACACCACUGAUAGUCAUUAAUGAAUGUCACCGAAGCUGGCCAGAUGACGCCAGCAUGCUGGGACAGGCAGAGAUAGAACCAUUUCUUUUCACUGCUCAAAUAUCUCUGACCUGAGGACUCCUUGCAUAAUUUUCAGGGGUGUGGGUUCUCAAUUUUGAGGAUACAGAUAGCAAUCUCUUACUAAGUGUACAAUCUUGAACGGACAAGCCCGAGCUCAAGCCCGGGCCGAGGGGUUUGCAUCGCAGACGCAUGAACCAGAGCCCACUGAAGCCCAUCCUUCGGGCUGGCACGGGUUCGAACAGCCCGGAGACGAGCACCCGGUCCUCCAGGCCCGAAUCCUGAGCCCGCACAACACCAGGCUCGUAUCGUGCCGAUCGAGGAAAUCGUGCUGUCAAGCCUGAGCAAACAACCAAGCCCUCCUUCUCACGUAAACACUCCAUCUUCGGAUUCGAUGUCCCGUUACCGACUUGCAUUCAACCGCCAUGGACACCUACGCCUGGGAUGAAAUUCACGCUGCGAUGUUCUCCAUGGGCAGUGACACGUCGAGGGGGUCCAACACGACGUCUGCCUCCGUGCUGACUCCGCCAGUGAGUGCCGACACCGUGCAUCGUCGAACGCUGUUAACACGAUCGCGGUAUCCACCACAGAAUUCGGAAAGGGCCUCUGACUCUCCUGUCACAGCCCAGAUGGCCAUCUCAUCGACGUUUGGACCCGACGCCGCAUGGCAGCGCUCCGCCGAUCAGGGUUCCGGCCACGUCGCGUCGCCUCCCGACAUCGCGCUCCUCACAUCGGACCGCGUUAACUUCUACAUCCACUCCAGCACCAUCGACACCUCCAGCCACCGUCUCUCCGGGCGCGUUCCCAGCGUACGUGGGAAGGCGCCGCCGAUCGUGAUUGACGUCCCUGAGACCGCCGCAGUCCUGAACGUCAUCCUUCACGCGCUCCACGGGCUGUCGUGCGCACAGUACUCGCCCUCGCUGGACGUCCUGGUCGAAGCGGUCGAGCGCAUGCUGAGCUACGGCAUGGAUCCCAAGUCGACGGUGCGUUUCCGUCGCUCGCUCGGCUGACGUCAAUGGCUGACUGACCCGCGGCCCAAGGUUGUUCCCUCCACCUCCCUGUUCUCGCUUCUUCUCUCCCAGGCACCUCUCUAUCCCCUGCGCGUGUUUACCCUGGCUGCGCACUAUGACAUCAUCGACCUCGCCGUGCCCACCUCGUCGCAUCUGCUGAGCUUCCAGCUGUCAGCGCUGACAGAUGCUGAUGUGCAGCGGAUGGGCCCGGUGUAUCUGCGGCGCCUCAUGUUCAUGCACAACGGACGUGUGGAUGCGCUGCGCCGCGUGCUCGUGUCUCCUCCGUAUCCCCACCCGCCGACCGCGGCUUGUGAUUUCGCCAACCAGAAGAGCUUGAACCGGGCCUGGGCACUCGCCACAGCCUAUUUGGCGUGGUGUUGGGGAAAAUGGGUCGAGGGGUUGAUUAGAUAAUUGUAGUGUAGGUUUGCAAUAGCAAUGAGGAAUAAACUUGGAUUGCUUUAGGGCAAACUGAUGCCCGUACACUACAUACAAGCUUAGUUAUAUAGUAGUAAUACUAGUAAUCUAGAAUAUUCUUCUAUUUACUGGUAUAUGACUAAAGACAAUUAUCUAAUGAUCUGGAACGUUCCGGGACAGCCGAGCUGCAUCCCGGGAAUACUACUGAAAUUCAACACGUGGGAUAUCCGCCCUGGUGAGUGUGCCUCCUGGUCAGCUGCUCAUGCCGGGCUGACCUAUAAGCAUUAAGAUGUGUCCACCAGCGCUAUAGAAGCUGCACUACGACCGCUUGCGGCCCGGCUUCCGUGCAAAUUGUGUAGGCAGGCGCUGGAUGAGCGAAUAAAGAGCGUCGUCACUCAGUGGUCUGUCGUCAAGCGUACGAUAUGAGAGGGGAUGUCGGUGCUACUCGAAAUGUUCGGUGCUGAACACAAUAUCUGUAUUCAUUCCGGAAUCACACUCAUGCAAUAUGAAAAUGUACCAGUAGUCAAGCGAUGUGUAGUUCGUCGAGAAGUUUGAAUUGCUCCACAC